AAGAGUGAAAACACACACAGGGGUGAGAAAGCUUGAGUUUCAGAGAGCAGAUAGGUGCAUGAGUACACAGAGCAGAAGAAAACAGAGUGACACACUGAGUGAAGAGUGAGAGAGGGAACACACAGUGUGCGAGGGGGACAGAAGGAGGACGCGUGUUGGGUGUUUUGCAGCUGGUCUGGGAUCAUGUCUCUGAGUGGGAAGGUGGCUCUGGUGACAGGGGGGGCGCAGGGUAUCGGAAGAGCGGCGGUCCAGUCACUCCUACAGAGCUCAGCUAAGGUGGCCGUUGUCGACUUAAACGCGACCUGCGGAGAACAAUGCAAGGCACAGCUGGAUGCUGAGUUUGGAGAGGGAAACUGCACCUUUAUCCCCUGUGAUGUGUCCAAUGGAGACGCUUUGAGAGAUGCAUUCCAGGCAACAGUGGACAAGUUUGGACGCCUGGACAUCGUCAUCAACAACGCCGGCAUCAACAAUGAGAAGAACUGGGAGAAGACCAUCCAAGUCAACCUGACUUCUGUUAUCAAAGGGACCUACCUGGGCCUGGAACACAUGAGUAAAGAGUACGGCAAGGAAGGAGGCACAAUAAUUAAUGUUUCUUCUAUGGCAGCUUUCCUGCAUUCUCCUCAUCAGCCCGUCUACACUGCAACCAAACAUGGAGUCAUUGGCUUCACCAGAGCGAUGGCGGACGCGUCCUCUCACGGCGAGUACGGUGUCAGGAUCAACGUCCUGUGUCCCGCCUUCGUGGACACCCCUCUGCUGCACUCGGUGGAAGACGAGGACAACAUGGGAAAAUUUGUCAAGUUCAAGGAUGAUUUCAAACGCAGCAUGACCAAGUUUGGAGUGUUACAGCCAUCAUUGAUAGCAGAGGGCAUGAUGAGGCUGAUCAUGGACUCCUCUCUGAACGGAGCGGUGAUGAAGAUCACCUGCUCAAAGGGAAUCCACUUCCACACGUACGAACCCAUGUCUGCCUGAGACCCAACAUGCUGGACUCCACACUGCUGCUGAGGAGAAACACACAUUAUUCUUACUGCAGCGGAGCACAGACUGGAUCAGGAUCACAUCUGACUGCUGUAGGAGUUUUUUUUUUU